AUGCUUGCUGAAGAGGUUAAGAUUCUUAAGAAGCACCGAGAGGAUUUGAAUGAACUUCUCUUGGAGUAUUCGAAUAUCAAUGAGGAAGUGACCAAGUCACGAUCAGAGCUUGGAGAGCAUUUUAAGAAAAAUUAUAAAACCAAGGCAAUGAAUGCUAACGGUGAAAUAGACCUGGAUUUAAUUCCCGAAUUCUUAAGCUGCUUUGAUUCUUUCUAUUAUCGCCUACCACAGUGA